AUGCCGGACUUUCCUCGCUAUUUGGGGACAAGACCCCGCCCGCCGGCCCGCCUCUCGUCAGCUGCUCAGUCACCGCGUUUGCAGCCAGGGACGGCCAGCAAGGCUGGUCUUUUAAAUAUGGAGCUAGCGGGCGGCACGAGUACUUGCGUGGAGGCUAAUCUGAUCCUCCUCCUGGGUCGCGGUGUAUUAUCUCAGGAAUGUACCCAGCCUCCUCCUGGCGCCGUGAUCGUCAAUCCCAAGUCGACGAGCUCUGGUCCACGCGAAUUCUCCUCCGUUGGGGCAGCGGUCAAUUCCCUCCCCGCCGACAAAACGCCGCAAGAAGUCUUCAUCUUCCCCGGAGUAUACGUUGAGCAGGUCAAUAUAUCGCGGCCCGGACCUGUCAAGCUUGUUGGCUACACCGAAAACGCGUUCGACUUCACCCAAAACACCGUGACCCUCAUCCACAAUGCAUCACUUGCGACCGGUGCAGGAAGCGACGACCUUACUGGGACGCUGCGUGUCCUUUCCGCCAACGUCUCGCUGUACAACCUCGACAUCCGAAACAACUUCGGCGUAGCGCUCACAAAUGGCCAGGCCAUUGCGCUGAGUGCCCAAGCAGAUCGACUGGGUGUAUAUGCGUGUCGGCUGUUCUCCUACCAGGACACUCUCUACACCAACGUUGGCAGUCAUGUCUUCCUCAAAUCCUACAUCGAAGGCGCCGUCGACUAUAUCUUCGGUCGGCGUUCCAUUGCCUACUUCCAAGGAAACACCAUCGCCAGCCAAGGCGCAGGCUGCAUCACCGCCCACGGGCGGCAACUCAACGACACCGGCAUCUGUCCGCCUCCCUCCUUUUGCACAAGCAACCACACAGCUCAAGCCUCCCCCACAGAUGUCUUCGACGAGAACAAGAUAAUCGCGGCCCCCGACGCGUUUCCGAAUGUGACCGACAACGUCUUCUUAGGGCCAUGGGCUCGCGUCGUCUUCAAAAACACGGACAUUGCAGCAGCGAUGAACAAAACACUCUGGUCGAUAUGGAACCCUGGCGACGCACGCACGGACUUCGUCUUCUUCGUGGAAUCCAACUCGUUUGGGGAUGGGGUCGUCGGCGCAAACAGACCCAACUUCUCGACGGUGUUGACGGAGACGGAGGCACAGCAGUAUAACUUGGCAAACACGAUUCCAGAUUGGAAGGAUUGGGUCGACGAAAGAUACUUGGAGUAG